GUAUAACAUUGAUCCUGGCUUGUACUGUCCAUUUUUCUCUCUUGGGGCGUGCAUGGAAGGUUUGAACUCUUUGUUCAGUCAGCUCCUAGGAAUCUCCCUUUAUGCUGAGCAGACACAGAGAGGAGAGGUUUGGUCUGAAGAUGUUCGAAAGUUGGCUGUCGUUCACGAAACUGAAGGUUUGCUAGGAUACAUCUAUUGUGACUUCUUUCAGCGACCUGAUAAACCACAUCAGGAUUGUCACUUUACAGUUCGUGGAGGCAGGCUAAGGGAAAAUGGAGAGUACCAGCUGCCUGUAGUUGUUCUUAUGCUUAGCCUGCCCCAUUCAACAAGGGGUGCACCAACGCUACUAAGUCCUGGCAUGAUGGAAAAUCUCUUCCAUGAAAUGGGACAUGCUAUGCAUUCUAUGCUGGGAAGAACUCGGUACCAACAUGUCACUGGAACCAGAUGUCCUACUGAUUUCGCUGAAGUUCCCUCAAUUCUGAUGGAGUACUUUGCAAAUGACUACCGAGUGGUUAACCAGUUUGCAAGGCAUUAUAAAACAGGACAG